AUGGCCACCAAAAACAAGCUGUUUCUCGGGUUGUUUAUACACAGCAAGGCGCUGAACGAGCUGGAGUAUCUGCACGACACAGCCGUGGGUGUGGAUAAGGAAGGAAAGAUUACUAUCGUGGAGAGGGAUUGCGAUGAGAAGAAGGCGAGAGAGACGGUGCUUCCGCGGCUAGGGUGGAAGGACGCCGAGGUGGAGGUUGUCAAGGCGAAAGAGGGCCAGUUCUUCUUCCCCGGGUUUAUUGACACACAUAUCCACGCUCCGCAAUACCCCAACGCCGGCAUAUUUGGCAACUCCACCCUCCUUGACUGGCUCGACACUUACACCUUCCCGCUCGAAGCCUCCCUCUCCGACCUCGCCAAGGCCCGCCGGGUCUACACCCGGGUUAUCCACAAAACCCUCUCCCACGGCACCACCUGCGCGGCCUACUACGCCACCAUCGACGUGCCGGCAACCAACCUCCUCGCCGACCUCUGUUACGCCCGCGGCCAGCGCGCCCUCAUCGGCCGCGUGUGCAUGAACGAGCCCUACACCUCACCCACCAACUACCGCGACGAGUCGGCCGAAGCCUCCCUCGCCGCCACGCGUGCUAGCAUCGCACACAUCCGCACCCUGGACCCAACCCACACGCUCAUCCAACCCAUCAUCACGCCGCGCUUCGCCCCCAGCUGUACCUUCCCGCUGCUCGUCCAACUCGGCGCCCUGGCCGCUGAAACCGCCCUCCCCAUCCAGACGCACAUCUCAGAAAACCGCGCCGAGAUCGCGCUCGUCAAGACCCUCUUCCCGCGGGCCGUCACGGGCGCUGCCGACGACAGCUACGCGGGGGUGUACGACGCGGCGGGCCUGCUGACGGGGCGCACGGUGCUGGCGCACGCGGUGCACCUGACGGCGGGCGAGGCGGCGCUGGUGGCGCGGCGCGGCGCCAAGGUCAGCCACUGCCCCGGCAGCAACACGGCGCUGGGCAGCGGCGCGGCGCGCGUGCGGCGCCUGCUCGACCGUGGCAUCGUCUGCGGCCUCGGCACCGACGUCAGCGGCGGGUUUAGCCCCAGCGUGUUGGAGGCCGCGCGGGCCGCCGUCAUGGUCAGUCGGCAUGUGGUGUUUAUGGGGGAGGCGGCGCCGGCGGGGGGUGUGGGUGAGGAUAGGGAGAGGGAGAAGUUGAGUGUGGAGGAGGCGUUGUUUUUGGCGACGAGGGGCGGGGCGGAGGUGGUUGGGCUUGAGGAGCGGGUUGGCAGGUUUGCGGUCGGGAUGGAAUGGGAUGCGCAGUUGGUUGGGCUCGGAGUGGUCGGGGAAGAUGGUGAUGCUGUUGGUGACGAGGACGGCGGCGAUGUGGAUGUCUUUGGCUGGGAGACCUGGCCGGAUCGGGUGGCGAAGUGGGUGUAUAAUGGCGAUGAUAGGAACACGAAGAUGGUGUGGGUGAAGGGGCGGCUGGUGCACGCACGGAAGUAA